AUGGUAACCUGCAUCAACCCUGUAUUUCACCCUUGCAUCGCUGCGCAACGUGCUACCAACGAACUUGUCGUUUAUGCUCGAGAAGUUGGUCAGGUUGUGACCAUUGCCUACCCACAGACUAGUCAUGGUUACCGUGUUACACCAGAGGGCUUUUUCUACUGGCUUGAGCGUUGUGGUCUCACAUUCGAGUGUUUCUGUGGUAUGGUUUCCAGUCAGCCUACUCCAGCACGUUUCAUCCAUGAGUUUAUCUCUGGAGAUGUUGUUGUGCGCUGCAAUGAUGUAAAUAAUCACUGUGGCUUCUACUGGCGCGGUGGUAUUCUAGAUCUCCCUGCACUCAUUGCGACGUUCCACGACACAUUUGGACAGCAACCUUACUCAUUGACAGAAGUCGCCCCAAUAUUUACAGGCUACUGCGGCAUCCAUGAAAGUAUUUUCCCUGGUUAUCCUCAGCUUCGUGGUGGCAUUAGCCACUCUGCAAUAUGUACACCAACCCCACAUACACCUCGCAAAGCCAUUCACCAGCAUCGUCAACAACCAUACACCAAGACUUCAUCCAAACUCUUGCUCGCUCACCAAUCUGCAACCAAGGCUGCAUCCUGUGAGAUCACAGGGCCGUCUCAUUCAAACAAACCACAGCUAUCCGUGCAUGAGAGAGAUGUGUUAGCUCGUCUUUCAAUGGGGACAGGACGACGGUGUAUGGGGGGUUUGGUGCUGCGGAUGUUCGGACUUGAAUGUUACCUCAUUUUCGAACCAAUCAAGGCUCCAAGUUGGAACAGGGCACCUGAUACUCCUGUAUUAGCCUCGGAGUGGAGUACGAAGUAA